ACUCAGGGAACUCCAUGCCACCCAGUUUCAGCCUUAAACGUUUACCCUUUUCGCUGGCGGAAAAAAAUAUCUUUGGAAUGCGACCCACCCAAAAGAUAGCUAAAGGCAUGGAAUACUUGGGUUCCCGUAAGGUGGUGCACAGGGACCUGGCCGCGAGAAACAUUUUACUUGCAGAAGACAACAUUGUGAAAAUUUCCGACUUUGGCCUUGCCAGAGACAUCUAUAAGAACAAUCAGUACAUCACAAAGGGGGAUGGUCCAUUGCCGAUAAAAUGGAUGGCCUUGGAGUCCCUCACACAGGACAUGGUCUAUACGAGCAAAUCAGAUGUUUGGGCGUAUGGAAUUACACUUUGGGAAAUGUUCAGCCUUGGGAAGACCCCGUAUCCUGGAUUGAACGGCGUAGAGCUCGUCCGGCUUCUCCAGACGGGGUACCGCAUGGAGGCACCUCGAUUCGCCGAUCAUCAUUUCUACGAAAUGAUGAGGAAGUGUUGGGAUGAGGAUCCAAACAAUCGUCCGACCUUCCCCGUGUUGAGUGCAUGGUUCGGUGAAAUGCUUCUAGAGUCUGAGCGUCUGCACUACAUGGAAAAGUACGAGUUGUUCGAGAAAAAGAACGCAGAGUACUUCCGGACCAAAACGGACUAUCUAAAAUUGAUGCCAACUGAUACGGAUGAUGGAUACCUGAUACCGUUGAAGAAAAAGUAUGGAAAAGAAGGUAUUUCAAAUGCACCCGAACAUGUGAAAUCGGAGAAUUUUCAGUCAAAGACGGACAAUCUGCCGAAGAUGGCAACAAUAACACAAGAGGAUCACCACCAAGAAAGACAGGAACCACGAGUGCAAAAAGAUAGUUCCAGGGCAUAUGCAAACCUCAAAGACGACCUAUUCUCCGGAAACGAGGAAAAUCGUCACAAUGGAUUCGAGCAAACUGAGAAUUCUAUAUUCGAAGAUGACUGUAGCGUUGAAUAUGAAAAACAAUUCGAGCAAUGUGAAAACGCCACUACAUCGUACAUCUGACGAGUGGAAACGGAUCGCCCCAAAGUCAAGGAAGAACGGUUAAAACAAACGAAUGAGCAUGCGAUUGCACUCAUUUGUCUUCCUUUACUUUAAAUAGAUGACGCAGGAUCGAGGAUGUGAAUGCUCCGUGGUAGAAAAUUGCUCGUCAAUAGCUCUUUUUUCCACCUCGUGAUAGCCAUAAGCAGUUUGGAUUAUCCGGAGAGAAAUAUAUUUUGGAGAUUGAAUAUCAA